GCUGCUGAUGGCUGUGCACUGGUGAAUGAGGCUUGUUUCUGCAGGGACCACCUUGUUGAUCAUCUGUUAUUCUGCUCUUGCAUCAAUCAGCGCAGAGACUGGGAAAGCUGUUCUAGCUGCAGAUUUAUGGAUUCACUAGAGAGCUGAGCAGCCUCAAGAGAAGAAAUGGGCACCUUCUAAGUGAGAAGACCUACAUGUUGUAGCUCCUAUGCUUUCCUCGAAGAACUUGUCUGCAUGACAUUCGCUGUGGAGUCCAAGGAAGAUCCUUCAAGGUGUUCCCCAUUGAUGUAUUCUCACAUCCUCCUCUGGUUUUUAGCAUUUGGAGAAAUACUCUAAUAAUUUGCAAACUUUUGGACCAUAAGUGACCGAUUUUUCAAAAUGAUUGGUGGCUCCAGCUUGGAAGAACUGAAUGGGAGUGGAUCCGACUGCAGUGAAGAGGUAGAAAUUAUAGUCAAUGUUGGAGGUAUUAGACAAAUCCUUUAUGGUGAUAUCUUAAACAGGUACCCAGAGACCAGACUGGCAGAGCUGAUGAACUGUGUAACUGGGGGGUAUGAUGCCAUCUUCGCUCUGUGUGAUGAUUAUGACCCAGGGCAAAGGGAAUUUUACUUUGAUAGGGACCCUGAUGCCUUCAAGUGUAUAAUGGAGGUUUAUUAUUAUGGGGAAGUGCAUAUGAAGAAGGGAAUAUGUCCUAUGUGUUUCCAGAAUGAAAUGGAGUUCUGGAAAGUGGACUUGUGUUUUUUGGAUGAGUGCUGCAAAAUUAACCUCAAUGAGAAGAAGGAGGAAUUGGAGGAAAUAGCCAGGAGGGUUCAGACCAUUCUUGAUGACUUGGGGUUUGACACAUCAGAGAGUAGAUGGAAAAGGUUUCAGAAGUAUGUUUGGAAGUUCAUGGAAAAGCCAGAGUCCUCCUUCCCAGCCAGGGUUACUGCAGUUCUAUCAUUUCUUUUCAUCCUUAUCUCCUCCAUUGUCAUGUGUUUGGGGACCAUCCCAGAUCUUCAGGUGGAGGACUCUGAGGGGAACCAUGUAGAGCACCCUUCCCUGGACAACAUAGAGACUGCAUGUAUUAUCUGGUUCACAAUAGAGUAUGUCCUAAGACUGAUGUCCUCCCCAAACAAAUUACACUUUGCUCUCUCCUUUAUGAAUAUCAUUGAUGUGUUGGCCAUUCUGCCUUUUUAUGUCAGCCUAAUCCUGACACACCUGGGGACAAGAAUGAUGGAGUUGACUAAUGUCCAGCAAGCAGUCCAGGCAUUGAGAAUUAUGAGGAUUGCUAGGAUUUUCAAGCUUGCUCGUCAUUCUUCUGGUCUACAGACUUUAACCUAUGCCCUGAAGAGCAGUUUUAAGGAGUUAGGGCUCCUUUUGAUGUACCUUGCUGUGGGCAUAUUUGUAUUCUCAGCCCUUGGAUACACAAUGGAGCAAAGCCACCCAGAAACCUUGUUCAAGAGCAUCCCUCAGUCCUUUUGGUGGGCUAUCAUUACCAUGACCACUGUUGGAUAUGGCGACAUCUACCCGAAAACCACUCUGGGAAAACUCAAUGCAGCUACAAGUUUUCUCUGUGGGGUGAUAGCCAUUGCUCUCCCCAUUCACCCCAUCAUCAAUAACUUUGUCAAGUAUUACAACAAACAGAGGGUUUUGGAAACUGCUACUAAGCAUGAACUGGAAUUGAUGGAACUUUAUUCUUCUGGAGGGGAUCUGAGAGGCAUUAAAAGUGAUGCACAUAGGUCUGAGGAGGUGAAAAUGUGGAGUCACCUCAAAGCCUCCCAUAGUGACACUUUCAUUCCAGUAUUGUCUAAGGAGAAACAUCACAGGACAAGGCUGCAGAGCUGCAAAUAA